GAACAAUGUCUCGAAUGUUUAGAGUAGCCAUCGAUGGACCCGGUGCUUCGGGAAAGAGUACAACAGCUAAACUUUUAGCAAAGAAACUUGGUUUUGGUUACAUUGACUCAGGUGCCAUGUUCCGGGCAGUGACCUUAAAGUGUCAGCAGAGCGGGAUCGAUCCUAGUAAUAUCGCCAACAAGGACAAGGUGACAGAAAUAGCACAAAAUGCAAAGAUCCAAUUUCCUACCCUUGGUCAAGUUGAACUUGAUGGCCAAAACGUCAGUAAUCUUAUCCGCAACUCCAACAUCACUCGCAAUAUCAGUCAGGUAGCUUCCAACCCUGAUGUGCGAAACAUUUUAGCGAAACAACAACGGGCCAUGGCAAACGGAGAACUCCCAGGUGCUCAAUCCACCGGGUUUAUAAAACACGACAAGAUCAUUAAAGGUGUGGUGAUGGAUGGAAGAGAUAUCGGUACUGUCAUUUUGCCCAAUGCAGAGUUAAAAGUCUUUAUUGUAGCAGAUGUACGUAUUCGUGCGCAAAGACGAUUCGAUGAGUUAAAGAGGAGACAGGGUGCCAGCCUGAAAGAGACUCUGGAUGAGGUCGAGAGGGAUUUAGAGGAGAGAGAUUUAGCAGAUCGUACUCGGUCCAUUGCUCCCCUAAAAAAAGCUGACGAUGCCGUUGUGCUGGAUACAAGUCAUUUGUCAAUCGAGGAACAGAUUACGGCUAUAGAAGAGAUGGUUUAUCAAAGGGUAUAACAUAUUAAUAAGAAACAAGUUUUUAUCAAACAAAUCAAAAA